UGUAUGGAUCGGGUGUCCUUUAGCGAUUCCUUUACUAUCGGGGUUCAUUCGUCUCGACCUGACAGUGUCUCAUGUCUGGAAUUGAAUCAUCCCAUGCCUCAGUCGAGUCAAACUAAAGGGCUAUUGUACUCAACUGGGCAAGAAAUAAGAGUUCUGGAGUUUGACGAGGACUCGGAAAUCGUGAACCAUGUUCCGUUUUCAGUAGAGUCUCAACAUCAUACAGGAUGUGUUGCUUGUAUCUGUAUUGCUCGAAAUCAUAUAGUAACAUGUGAUUUUGACGGAGAAAUAAUUCUUUGGGACCGAAUUACUCGACAAAUCCUGGACACAUUAGAUUUGACUUCACAGCAGUUCUCUUACGCGACUGACUUGUUUUCGCUGCAGCUGGCAGACUUAGACUUGAAGUCGAAACAGUUGUCUGUUACAGACAAAUACGUGGCCGUUGCUCUUGAAGGAGUUUUCAGAUUGAUCCUGCUCGAAAUUGAAAAUGGUAAUAGGUUGACAUUCGUAUCCACGCUCAGCACGUGCGUCGAAUUCAUUCGAUUUCUCCAACCUCUCAGCAACUCUGAGAACAGCCGAAAAAUUGAGCUGAUGUCAGUUUGCAGAAAUAUACCUCCGGAUGUAGCAAAAGGAAUGCAUACUCCCCGUGACAUGGAUCCAUUUGGUUACAGAAUUGAGUUCUAUGAUUUCCAGGAAUUGAGUGGAUCAGAUUUCAAAUGGAAGCCGAAAUAUGAAAUUUUUCUUGAAGUGGAUCAGAAAAUCGGUUUAGUUUGUUGCUGCGAAGCUUUCUGUGCCUUAAUGUACAGAUCUUCGCGGAAAAUUGCACUUGUCGAUUUGAAGUCACACUCUCUCCUUACAGUACUAUCAUGGCAACAUUUGGGAAACUGUGCCCCCAUGUUUUACGACAACAUACUCAAAUUGAUAAUCAGUGCGGGAGUGUUAAUGUGCAUCAAUCCUGCAAACAUUUCCAACAAUGAAGUCAGCAACUCAAAUCAUGGUAAAGAAUUGGUAAUUAACUUACCUACGAAACAAUAUGUGCGCGCCGGCAAAGCAGUAAAAGAAGAAUUUUGGAAAGAAUUUGAGAAAGACGGAAUUCAAUUUGAAUUUAUAAGCGAAGAUGUUGCGGAUGUGUAUGUGGCUCUGAAACAAAUCUCGAAUGAUUUUGUGGUUGUGUUUACCCAGUACGAAAUAGUGGUGUCAAAGAUCGCACGGGUUGACCGGAACUCAAGCUUUGGCGCAAUCGACCGUCGUUGCUUGUUCAACAUUACUUGCAUUGGUUGUGCGUCCAACUGCAAAUAUGUGGCAGCCGGUGAUUUCUCCGGGCAAAUAGUCGUCUCGGAUUUGGAUCGUUCGGCUCACGAACUGGCCAGUCAAAAUGCAUCUUCAAGCGAAGUGAAAGAUGGCGCAGUUGGGGUUAAUAUGAAGUGUAAUGGUAAUAUACACGGACUGUACAGUGCAGAAGAAAGUGUGAGGUCUCUCAGAUGGCAUCCGAGCUACGAGGAGGUGCUAUUUAUGGGACUGUUCAAUUCUACCCUCGUUUUCGUUGACGUGCAGUCGGAUCAUUGUGUUCCAGUUCAAAUCGACAACAUAUCAUCAGGUGCUAUUACAUGUUUAAAGUGGUCACUUCCGUUCUUCCCCACAGCAAAUGAACAGAAAAACUACGGACAAGUCUAUUCACAAUUCGGCUCGGAAGUUGCAUCAAGUUCAUGUUUCGAUCACGCUGCUGCUAUUUUAUUGGUUGGAACUACCUCUGGUCACGUGGUACUCUACAGACAUGAUUUCUGUUUCAAUCGAAAGGAACUGAUGAACAAGUUCGAAUCUUCAGAGUCGGGUCACAUAGACGGAGGGUUGUUUGUUGCGUCAUUUACGAAGCUCACUACUUUUUUGGCUCAUCAUCCAAUCGCGGAGUCCAACGACAACUUCGGAUCGCUGGGACACUUUGCAGAAGUGUGGUCAUGUGCCUGGACUCCCAUAGGACACCCCCUCUCUCCCCAGCAUUUUGUCACCUGUUCAGAGGACCAACAAGUGCGAGUGUGGUCACUCAAUUCUGAAAUAGCGGCGGCUAAGGCUGCUGAUCCAGACACGAGUUUCGACGAAAUAGAUGAUGGCGAGGGAGAAGAGAGGGCUUGGGUGACUGAGAACAAACCAGUGUCAAGUCCAGUUUACGUGUUGACCGGCCACAGGUUCGCAGUUACAUGUCUUGAUUGGCAGCUACUGGAACUAGACCAUUCUAUGCAAAUCUCCGACCAAACCGCAGCUGAAGACGGCAUUUCGAAUCCGGAAAGACACAUCAGUUUCCUUUGCUCGUGCUCCGACGACAAAUCGAUCCGAGUUUACCGUGUGUGCGAAACAUUCCGACGACUUAAAUCCGAUGUGAACAAAAAAAUCGAGCUCGAGGGCUCAGAACGAAGAGUUCAGACUGAAACAGAAGACGUUCAGAGUUGUGAGAUUGAGUUCAAUUUGGUCAUAUUGUUGUCGACUUCGUUUUUAGCUGAUUGGCAUACACUCACUUACACGUGUUUGCAAUCUACGGGUUCGCAUUUGGCAGUCGUGACUCAACACGGCUACCUUCUCGUGUUUUCGCUCUCGCAAGCCGAAGUGGUUUCGGACGUGGACGCGAAUGAUGUUUGGGAGUUCGUGCAUAGGCCCCAGUGCUGUGUCUUCUGCAAGAAAGUGGCUAAUGGGUCCUUGGAAGGACUGUCAUGGAGUGGAAACAAUUUAUGUAUGAGCUCUGCAGAUUGCUGUUUAAAUGUGAAAUCUAUUCAAUUUAAUUGAAAUCUAAAUUAGUUUAAUUAAAGUUAACAGGCGCUUUUGAUCUACAUGAAAAAGCAAUUCGCAAGACUGAAAGUUUGCAACUGAUUUGAUGUGCCAAAUUUUUGCUAGUUUUUAGUGAUUUGUUUAUAACACCAUAAAUAUUUAUAUUUGGAAAAAUUCUU